AUGGGCGCCCUCUGGGCCUACCGCCGAGAGGCCCUAACGCACUUCAUUCAGGCCCUCGACUCGCCCUCCUCUGCUGCAGCUUCACCGUCCGCGCCUGCUUCUUCUUCCUCCUUUGCUUCUUCCUCCUCCGCUUCUUCCUCCUCUGCAUCUUCCUCCUCCGCUUCUUCCUCCUGCGCUUCUUCCUCCUCCGCUUCUUCCUCCUCUGCAUCUUCCUCCUCCGCUUCUUCCUCCUGCGCUUCUUCCUCCUCCGCUUCUUCCUCCUCUGCAUCUUCCUCCUCCGCUUCUUCCUCCUGCGCUUCUUCCUCCUCCGCUUCUUCCUCCUCUGCAUCUUCCUCCUCCGCUUCUUCCUCCUGCGCUUCUUCCUCCUCCGCUUCUUCCUCCUCUGCUUCUUCCUCCUCCGCUUCUUCACCUCCUGUUGCAGAUUCUUCUCCCGCAGGCCGCUCGGGCCCGGGCGCCGCUUCGUCGGCUCCGUGCGGUGGGGUGGAGGUCUCGCGGACAUCCGGCGCGGAGGCUGCGCGCGAGCUCCUGCGAGAGGAGCUGAGUGUGACGCAGGACGCCAUUGGCAAGAAGUCCGCCAAGUGCUACUGUCUGUGGAGUCACCGCACAUGGGUUCUUGGGCAGCUGCUUGUGUCGUUCCUCCGCACCGAGGCUUCUCUCUUUUCUGCAGGCUCGCCGUCCUCCUCGUCCGCUGCACUCGCCGAGGACGCGGCGCAUGCAGAGCGACCCGAAGGCGGGCGAGUGCGCGGAGACGGGCGCGGAGAGGCGGAAGAGGAGGCAGACGAGGCCGCCCGCGAGGCGGAGCAGUCGAGAAGGGAGGACUUUGAGAAAGCUGUCGCGCUGCUGGAGGAAGAAGUCAAAAACUGCGAUAUGCUGCUGCUGCGCCGCGGAGAAGACGGGAGGAACUUCCACUGCUGGCAGCACCGCGCACAGAUUGGCGCUUGGCGCAUCGCAAUCGAACGCCUGCGGCCGCCGCGAAAGUCAGACGAGGAGGCUUCUGAUCCACUCGAGGCGGCUGAGGCGAAAGCCAACAAUGCGCAGGCGGCGAGGGCGCCCCAGUCGGUCUGCGAAGGCGAGGAAGGUCGCCGCGCAGCGGCGGGCGCCAGGAGCGAAGAGGCCGAGGGAGGUGGAGACGAAGAAGAGAGAGGCGCGGAACGCGAGAGCGUGGAGAAGCACGUCAUUGAGGCAACGAUGGCGCUGACCAAGGAGCUCAUCGAGAAAGACUUCAGCAAUUACUCAGCCUGGAGCCAGAGAGUUGCAGGUCUGGCUCUCGGCCUCGCCGACUGGGAGGCGGAGCUCGACUGGCUGUGGCAGGGCCUCUACACGGAGCCGAACGACCAAACCCUCUGGAAGGUCUACACGUUUCUGGUGCUUCGCGCAGCUUCCCGGCGUCCGUGUCCUUCUCUGCUCUCUGUCUGUUCGCUGCCCCGCUGGCGGCCUUCCGCCUUGCAUGGCCGCAGCUCCUCGCCGCGUCCCGCCUCCGGCUCUUCGUCUCCGGCAUCUCUCUCCUCGGCGCCGCCGGCGGAGACGGGGGGGAUGCCCCUGUGCUUUUCAUUCUCCGCCCCCUGCGCCGUGGACGCCUCGCACUCGUCGUGCUUUCUUCGCAUCGAAACAGACGCCCAAGACUGCGGAAAGAUCUCCCGAGGCCGGUCAAUCGCAGGCACUUGGCUCCCUCUCAGCCCUUUGAUAUGGGCGAGCACCGCCGGCGUCAAUCCAACCGUUGUCUUCUUCUUUGCUACUUCGUUCCUCCGUCUCCUCGCUGCACUGCGCUUUCUCUUUUCUUCUCACGUCCUCAGCGACAGCGGCGCGUUGACAGCUGCUCCUGCAGCGGCGGCCUCGCUGCCCGCUGCGUGGCUCUCUGCUUCUCUUCGUCCGCAUCUCAUGUCGCUCCUUCCGCGCUCUUUUCAAAUGCGCCAGGAGACGGACGCUCGUUUUUCUUUCUGUCGUCUUUCCGAUCUCAGCAUCCAGGAGAACGAGGAGGCGUCUGCGCCGGCAGUGAGCUCCGUCUGGAUCUUUAUCGCUGACGCCUCCGCCGUGUCGCUCUCAGCUCACGAAAGUACAGAAGAGCUCAGAGACGCACAAGCCGCGGCAGCGAGAGAAAGGCUUUCUCAGAGACAACCACAUGGAGAAGAGGAAACUGGAGAAAGACAGCAAAGCGCCGAGGGCGGAAAGAACGGCGACAGCGUCGCCAGUGAGAGAGCGGCAAAGCGCAUGCGGACGACGAGAGAGGAGAUAGAGGUAGAGGGCUUCAUCGCUCUCGAAUUUGUGAUUUGUUUCUCAAGAUUUGCCUGCGCCUUCGACGCCGGGGAGCAACGCCCGCAGGACUGUCACCUCGUGCGUUUGCCCAAAGGCCUCGUCGCGCGUCUGCAGGCGUCUCAGCUGAGUUCAGAUUCGGCGUCGUCCGCGAGCCUGCCCUUUUCUCCCUUGUCUCCCUCUGCUUCGGAUUCCGCUGCUUCGCCUCCCUCCGCCCCCGCCGACGCGUGGACCGCGCGUCGCGUGCGGUUCCUUGUCGCCCCUCCCGUGGGUUUGGCUGCCUUCUCUUCUCCACGUUCGUCGUCUGUCUCUGCUUCAUCGUUUCUUCUGUCGGCUGCCGCCGCCGCGCCCUGGAGAGUCCUCGCUCAACAGCGCGUGCAGCCUGGCUCGACUUGUGCGCUGGACGGCGCAGAGCCGCAGGCGCAAGCGGGGAGAGACGACUCCGAGGCGCGCGGAGCCGCGCGGCUGAGCGACGUAGAAGAAUUGAGAAACGCUUUCGUGACGAAGGAGCUCGAGAAGAUUGACGAGCUUCUCGAGCUGGAGCCGUCCUGCAAGCUCGCCAUUGAAGCAAAGUGGCAGCUGCUUCAGGCGUUUCGGCCGCAGAGCUCCCUGGAGGAGCAGGUGAAGCUCUGCCGCGCCAUGGCGGCCGCCGACCCUCACCACAAGCGCCUGCACGACAAUCGUCUUCUGCAGCUGGCAAUCCGACAGAAAAUCCUCGCUCAGGAGGCGGAGUCGCACACGCAGGCAGACCUGGACGCUGACUUUCAGACAACAAGCGAGCAAGAGGGAGAGGGCGGCGCGGAGUUCGCUGCGACGGCGGCCGAGGGCGGAGACAGAGAGAGCGUAGAAAGCGAGACGCAGGACCGGGAAAUUGCGAGGAGACUGCACACGCUCGACCUGAGCUCCAUGGGCCUGCAGCGCCUGCCCUAUCCUGUGCUCUCCGAUAUCUCGCACAAGCUGGAGAGACUGAUUCUGCGUGGAAACUUCGUCUCGGAUCUCUUCUGGGCGGACAGCCACGUCCCGGUUCUGCCGAACCUGAGAGAACUCGAUCUCCGAGAAAACAAGAAAAUUACUUUGCUCUCACCUGUCAUCGUCGCGCUCGCUGACCUGCCUCUGCUUACUAGGGUCGAUCUCGCUCACACCGGGCUCCGACCGAGGACUGCCGAAGAGCGUUCGCCGGCGUUUCAGCUGCUCACUCAGCUCCUCCGCCUCCGCGAAGAAAGCCUGAACGGCCUCAGAGGCAAGACGCUCCCGCGGCUCGUUCAGGAGAAGUCCGAGCAGACAGGCGCAGACAGUCGUCCGUGGGCUCUGCUGCGACGGAGAGAGGCAGACCGCCUGGUCGUGGACGUCUCUGCGACACAGCUAGCAGCGGACCUGAGCGAUGGACAGACAGUUUGGAGUCUCUUCCGAGUGACGAAGGCCGACAAGAAGGGGGAGGCCCACGAGGAGUGUCUCCUCGUGGGCCUCUGA